AUAACUUAUCUCAUACACUAUACCCAAAUCUCCAAUCUUACAGCCCAGCAUAUCAAGGCUGAUAUCACAGGGAAUGAACGGCUCAGCCAACAACCAUGUCGACUUCACAACGGUGAAAAAUUCUCGAAUCCUCAGUAUUCAAUCGCACGUCGCUUUUGGCUAUGUCGGAGGUAAGGCAGCCGUCUUUCCUCUACAGUGCUUGGGCUAUGAUGUCGAUGCGGUAAACACCGUAAACUUCUCAAACCAUGCUGGCUAUGGUCGUUUCGGAGGCUCUAAAACAACCGCCGAUGAGCUUUCUGCCAUGUUUGAGAGCAUGGAACAGAACGGCUUACUUCUUCCCAGUCGACUGCUCACAGGUUACAUCCCAGAGGCCAAGGCCUUGACCGCCGUCUCAGAGCUCGCAACCAAACUAAAGCGCGACAGUCCUGAUAUCAUAUACUUACUCGAUCCCGUUAUUGGCGACUCGGGACGGAUGUACGUCUCCUCAGAUGUCGUCCCCGUAUACCGAUCCAUGCUCCCCCUAGCAUCCGUCAUCACUCCCAACUGGUUCGAAGUCGAAGUGCUAACAGGCGUUGAACUUCAUGACCUACCCUCGCUUCAACGCGCCCUACGCAUUCUCCACCAAGACUACCACGUCCCACACGUCGUCAUCAGCUCUAUACCACUCAAACAGUGGCUACUCGAUGUUCUCCCACCUAACAUUAAACCCUCGCCCAGCGCAACCGAGGACUCAGAGUUCCUGCUUUGCAUCUCUUCUUCGGCGGAUGGCAACGGUUCUCAAAACCUGUCCACCGUUCACGCCCGAUCGGUACCCCUCAUACCAGGUUAUUUCUCAGGAGUGGGCGACCUUUUCUCCGCCCUACUCCUCGGUCACUUCCACCCCAAACAAGAUCCUCCAAGCCCACACGACACGACCCUAUCCUACGCAGCAUCAUCGGCACUCACCAAAACACAUAGCAUCCUCCAGAUCACUCACGAGUAUGCACUUCUGCUCCCUGAAGACGAACGUACGCCGACAGAUGAAGAAAAGGACAAGGCUGAGCCGGUCCGCAAGUUCAGGCGCAUGCGAGGACGCGAAUUAAGACUCAUACAGGGACAGGACAUCCUUCGCAGUACUGCAAUAGACGAACUGAAGCAAAUGAAGCCAUGGGUGGAUUUCUGGUCAACGACGGCGUGAAGAGCACAUCAGUCCAAGUAUAUUUACAAGUUAGAAGGGUAAUGGAAGAAUGUAAACUCAAUACUUAUCCAAUACUAAAUACAACGACUUCAAGAUAUCACUGU